GGGUAGGAAAGGAAGGAUGGAGUAGUCCGAGCCUGCAGAGGAGCUAGCAGCGCAGCUAGUGCUGACCCAUUGAUAGUCUCUUGAGUCUCAAACUCGGGUUGGCGCUAAGUUUACAGGGACCUCAGGAUGGCUUAGGGGGCAACUUCUUCUAUCCAAGUCACCAUGUAUGGAAGCUGCCUUUUAGAAAAAGAAGCAGGCAUGUACCCAGGCACUCUCAGGAGCCCUGGAGGAAACAGCACAGCCGGAGUGGGUACCUCUGGGGGCAGUGGUAGUCCUCUGCCUGCCUCCAACUUUACUGCAGCCCCAGUUUACCCACACUACGUGGGGUAUCCUCAUAUGUCCAACAUGGAUCCUCACGGGCCUUCGCUGGGAGCCUGGAGCUCACCCUACAGUCCACCUCGAGAAGACUGGAGUACGUACCCUGGGCCGCCCAGUACAAUGGGCACAGUGCCCAUGAAUGACAUGACCUCCCCAGUUUUCGGAUCCCCAGACUACAGCACUCUGGGCCCCACCAGCGGUGCAAGCAACGGCGGCGGGAGCUUGCCAGACGCGGCCAGCGAGUCACUGGUUUCCCUCGACUCCGGCACCUCCGGCGCCACUUCUCCAAGCAGGAGCCGUCACAGCCCCUACGCGUGGAUGCGCAAAACUGUUCAGGUGACCGGGAAAACCAGAACAAAAGAAAAGUAUCGUGUGGUCUACACAGAUCAUCAAAGGCUGGAGCUGGAAAAGGAAUUUCACUGCAAUAGAUACAUCACCAUCCGGAGGAAGUCAGAGCUGGCAGUUAACCUGGGCCUUUCUGAGAGACAGGUGAAAAUCUGGUUUCAGAAUCGCAGAGCCAAGGAGAGGAAGAUGAUCAAAAAGAAAAUCUCCCAGUUUGAGAACAGUGGAGGUUCCGUGCAAAGUGACUCUGGCUCCAUCAGCCCCGGAGAACUGCCUAAUGCUUUCUUCACCACUCCAUCUGCUGUCCGUGGAUUUCAGCCAAUCGAGAUACAGCAGGUCAUAGUUUCCGAAUGAAACAGGAGCAGAGAAACUGAAGCAUCCUUCCUCUUACAGUGUCUCUUUGGCCUCUAAGCUAACAGCAGGGCAGUUGAGAUUGGAUAUAAUUCCUUACAAGACACAAUUCCAAACAAGUAGACACAUGAUGAGUUGGAGAUAUUUCAGAAGACUAAUAUUCAGAAACCAUCCCCAGAGCACUCUUAUUCCAUGCUGUCACAUGUCGGCUGGGCAGAAAGCUGUGUGAUAAGCUCUGCUCCUUAAAGUCUAGACACAAGAGCCCUUGAAAAUUUGUUCACAAUUGCAGAAACUUGUUUGUGCAUAUGCUCUUGUAUUUGUUAUUUGAUUUUGGUCUUUUUAGGGAAUAGAAGUAAAGUAAGCAUAAGUUUCUGUAUCUGGAGGUAUCUUUUAGCAGAGAAGAUAAAAAAAACAACCAGUUUUACAAGAUAACUUUGUAAAACAGCAUUAGGAAGUGAUUACAAAUCUAUUGCCAUUGGUGAAUUAAAUGAAGAUCAUUUUUUCCCCUUGAAUAAUACUCACCCGCUAUCAAUUACCUAACCAUAGAACUUAGAUUUAUCUAUUUCAAAUCUUGUCAAAACAAUGAAGUCAGAUUCGAACGAUAUAGGCUGGGUUAACUGAGUUGCUAGCAAGACAGAUAGAUAUUCAACAUACAGAACAAACGCCCUUGCAUUCUCAAAGAAAGCAGUCCACCACCUAAAAGUACACAGUCCGGGUGAGCAAAGGUGCUGCACUGAGCAGGGUGGCCUGGGGCUUUUAUGUUGGCACAGUGCACUGCUCGCACAUCAAAAUGGUCAAAGAUUAAAUCUUCCUUUGAAAGAUAAGGUGUCACAAUUACUUGCUUGGGGACUGAAAAUAAGAACUGUGCCUUCCCAUCCCUAAAGGAAAUGUCAGAAAAGCGGUUCAUGGUUCCAUGGCUCCUACUGAGGUUAUAUCAAUGUGUGCUGAAAGAUUUAAGG